AUGAAUGCCUUAAUUCUAUCUGUUAUACUUCAUCUCUCACUUAACGGUAAGGAAAUAUUACUUACAUAAUUUAAAGCCUCGGAUUAAGCGACGGCACCGUGACCUAGCUAUCACCUAUAUAUGUAUCACCUAUAUAUAAUAUCACCCAUAUAUCACCUAUGCCCUAUGAAAAUUAAUGUCAAUUCACAAUUGAUUGGUUACCGUGUAUAAAGAUAAUUAAAUACAAAUACAAAUACCUAUAUAUACAGCUAAUUCAAAAAAGGAUGUCCUUUGCAAACCUUGAAUUAUAAACCUUAAACCCUAAGCGCGCAAAGCUUAAUGGGAGCACAAGUUUCGAGCUUAGUAGUUGAAUGUUGGAUUUGUGAAUGCCGAAUUGUUCUCGUAAGGAGAUAUUUACCAUGUCUAAGGGCCUGUUCAUAUGGACAAAAGUUAUUCCGGUUAGCGAGAAAACGUUUCGACAAGUUCACAAGCGAGAUCUCGCCUUGGUAUGAAAAUAAUAUGAAAAGUUACACUGCGUUCAUAUGAGACAAAACGUUUCCCGUGUACCGAGAUCUCGCUUGCUGACAGGCGAGAUCUCGGUGACCGGGAUGUUUUUCCCAUAUGAACACAACUUUCCCGCUUAGCGGGAUAACUUUCUGUCGUGUCAGCAACUUUUCAAUUCAAUUGAUGUUCGAAUUCAGUGCUACGUCACAGCCGAAAACUUUACCCGGUAAGCGGGAUAACGUUUCUCCAUAUGAACAGAACAAAAGUAUUUGGCUAGUCGAAAAGUUUUCUCGUUAACAGGGAUAACUUUUGCCCAUAUGAACAGGCCCUAAGAAAUGAGCCCCAUAUAUGUGAUUUCUAAACUGAUUAAAUGAUGCUCCCAUUAUGCUUUGCAGGCUUAGAGUUUAAGGUUUAAGGUUUAGAGUUUAAGGUUUGCAAAGGACAUUAACCUUUUUUGAAUUAGCUGUAUAUGGCACGGUCACUCUAAGCCUAAGUAUGACGGUCACUCUUGCUUGCAUGGUGGCUGCUGUGACUGUGAUCUGAAAAAGUCUGAAAAUACAUAAACUAGUCAUGUCUAGUUGCGUGAAAUUGGAACACUUCGCAUGUGAAAUCGAUUUCACAUGUCAAGCUUUCAUACAUGUAACAUGAAACAGAAACUUGUCAUAUGUGAAAUUUCAUUAUGAAACUACUAUUCGACACGAUUAUAUUGUGAGCUAUGAAAUAAAAAUAUAAAAAUAAUAUCGCGUUACAGAAUUCUGGCAUUAAAUACAAUAUUUAUUGCAGUUAUUAUGCAUAAACCUUCGGUAAUUGACCUUAGUUUUAUUUUAAUUAAAGGACAAAAUUUCCCUACAAAUCUGAUGUGAACUGAAAUAACUCGAUUCGGUUUUCUCAUGUUAAAUAUGUUGUUCAUCCCUAAGUCACCCUCUUAAUUAGGCCUAUGUAUAAAUAAAUAAUACUUUUAAUUUAGUUAUCUGACCAGUCAUGCACGUAAUUGUUGUUUAUUCCAAAUCAGUGCGAAGUUGAAAAUGUCCAUAUUUUUACUUCUCAAAUUCAUUAUGACAUUAAUCAUUCAUGAGCAAUUCAGCCAUGAAUGAUAAUCACCUAUUUGAUCACAAGAUGCCAUUUGGAUAACCCGGUGAAACUUGAUGAAAGUCACUAGUGUUUUCAUCAAAUAUCUUAAUUAUAUACGCAUGCAAAAUUACUUGAGAAUUCCUAAUUACGUUAUGCUUGGUUAAGAAUUCUAUAUUCAAAUCAGCAAACCAAAACAUUCUCGGUUACGUCUCGAUUCAUUUGAGAAGCCAUAUAAACAACUCGAGCUCGUGUCUCACCGGGAUAUCCAAACACUCGAAAACAAUGUACUUUUCAUACAUUGUUCUCUCGUGUUUGGAUAUCCCGGUGAAACACUCGCUAUCGUUGUUCAUAUGUUUAAUACUUGAAAUACUGUAUUGACUAUUGUAUUGAGGCGCAUUUCCACUAUGAUUUCCACUCAAGAAAAGUUUCCACGGACAGAAAAUUUUCCGAAAAUAAGUUGAAAAUUUUCAACUUCAAAAUUUUUUUCCGACGAAAAAUUUGUGUCGGCCAAUCACAUUUUACAAAUUUUUGCUAAUUCCGCGGAAAAUUUUCUUGAGUGGAAAUUGGCCUUUUGUGUUUCAAAGUUAUUACUCAAGAAGCGCUUUUGUAAUUCAGGUCGUUGUAGUUAUGUGACGUCAUCAGAUAAAAUGUUCGAAAAUUGGAAGAGCAUUCAAUUCCUCCUAAAGAUGCGAUUUCAUCAUGAGAGCUGAGAAAUUAUAUAAACUCUCACGAACUCUCAUUCUCGUCUGACUAGGGCUGACAAUAUCACUAAGAGGGAACAUUUUUCAAUGUCGCGUAUCAGUUGCGAUGAAAAGUGUUCAAAACCUAAAAUCUUUUUGGCGUUCCUCUCUGCAAAACUUACUUUGUUUUAGCUUUAUUCUGUAGCUUACACAGCUAGCAACCUUUUUAAAUGAUUGUAUAUAUAUGGCGGUUGAGAAACCCACAAUAAUAGUUAAAUAUUGUCUACUUAACCUAAAUACAAUUAUCAUUGAUUGCUGUAAAAUUGACGCCAUAUAUUUACAGCUACAGUACAGCAAUAUAUUAAAGCAAAACUUACUGAACUUCAGACAUCAUUUUCUCUUUCGCGUACCAUCUAAAAUCUCUUCAUCCUAGCAAUAUUUUACAGAUAAAGCAGUAAACAUACCUUUUAAGUUUGUUUGCCGCUUGAGAAACAUAUAAAAAAUUCUAAAAAUUGAAUAUAGUCAUAACCAAGUGAAAAAGUAUAUUCAUUAGUUUUGAGCACGUGUUACGCAACAUACAAAAGAUUUUCCCUCUUAAUUGUUUGUUUUGCUCAGCUGACCAACGGUACAUAUUAGCCACGGUUGUUUGGCUCAUAAUUAUAUUACCUGCGAACCUGCGGCCCUGUGAUUCCGGUGCAGCGCCGGAAUUAUCUUCUAUUAUUAUACGCUCACAUGCAAUUGAUCAAUUUCGAGUUUUCAACAUAGGAUCACGUGUCUGUCUGACAUUUUACGAUGUAUGACAGGAGCAUAUUAGACAGUAGCUUAUUGUAGCCAGUUAAAUUUCUUGGUAUAAAGUAUAAACCAAUUAGGUCCUGCACAGCUAAGGGCCUCUGGGGAUUGCCUCACCCAAAAAAUUUGAAUUUUGUAAGUUCUCAGCGGCCAUUUCCCGCAUUUCUAUAUGGUGAAAUUGUAGUGGAAACAAAGUAAUUCCAACCUUGUGAAAUUCCUAUUACCAUGAAUUUUAAGCUUAAUGUAUUUUUCUUCCUUCUUCCCACACCCCUGACACUUUUUCACACACACCCCUUCAGCGAGGUGUGCAAAUGAUAAUUAUGAGUAAUUACACCCAUCCCCGUGUCAUUGUAGCCUGCAUGGCAGGCGGUCUAAAAUCCCAGGCUUGCCCAAUUUUAGGAACCGCCUGCCAUGCAGGCUACUGUCACUGCGGUGUCCUUGAAAACAGGUAAUUAUUAGGUGAUGUAAAGUCCGUUCUGUGCAGGCUGUUAAUAUUUCGCACCUUUCCGAACUUUCUUGAAUUGAAUCUCUAAUCUGUAUUAAUUUACAAGCAUAGCGAACCAGAAAAGUGUUAAAAAUCCAGUAUAAUAUAUAUCUAAUCAUAUUUUACAACUGUAGCACUGAGUUCAAAAUGUAAACAAAGCAUUUGUUUUCAUUACGGAUUUUACAUUAACCUGCGUAUAGCAGUCGCUUUAUUUUUAAAAUUUUAUUUGAGGAUAUUUUUAUUUGAGGAUACUUUUCAAAUAAGAUUAAAAUAUCCACAAAUAAAAUUAAAAAAUACAACGACUGCUACGCAGGCUAACUUUACAUCACCUUUAAAUCUCUUGAGUUAUUCUGUAAAUAUUGGAUUAGGAUAAGCCUAGUCCCAGACUUCGUUUUGCGGGCUUAGGACCGGAAUUGCACACAGUGAUUAGCAAAGAGCAUGCGCUAGUUGAGGAAUAAAGUAGUUAUUCAUUAAAGUGUAUCUCGGGGAAGCUGAUGUGGCAUCAACUUGUCCAGUUAACCUAGUCUAUAAAUAUAUUUACACAGUACUGUUAUUUUUUAGUUACUUUAGUAACGUCUGAUGCAUUUGUGUCACUCCUAUCUGGCGAAGAUACGACCAGUUGUGGAACCCAAGCCUCUCCGUGUCGUACUAUAUCUUAUGCAAUAAAUCUAGUGUCAGCAGGCUCUAUCAUCUACCUCGAUGGCAUUGGUACUUCAUGGCAGCGUGCUUAUACAUGUCAACCACUCAGAAAAGAACAUGAAGGAAUUUAUGUUGCCAAAAACAUUUCGUUCGUUAGUACUGGUUCCCGUGCUCAUAUUGCGUGUUCAUACGGAAACUUUUGGAUGGUUGAUGGAAGUGGAAGAAAAGGAGGAAUUCAAGUUAACUUCAAAGGACUAGCUAUUAGAAAUUCAUCUUUUGAUUUCGUCGACACUUCAGUUAACAUUAAAGACUGUACAUUCCGAGAGACAAAACUACCAGCGUUGAAUUUCUCAAUAGUUGAAUUAGAUUGGUUCGAAUUGACCCUUGACAAUGUCUUGUUUCAACAAAACGUGGGAUGUAUGGUUGUGAAAAGCAACAAAACAAGAAAGGGUAAUAUUGUUGUCAACAUAAAAGACUCCGUUUUCGAGAGCAAUGGUGAUAUUAAUAUCGCUACGUCAUUGUCGUCCAUUCUUUGGUUGAAUUCUUACAACGACGAUAUAAAUAUGGAGAUGAAGAAUGUAAGUUUUGAAAAAAAUUCAUUCUUUGAAAACGGAAUGAUUUUCGUACAUAAUGAGCAUGGAACAACAAAUAUUUCCCUCGUUAAAGUACUACUUUUUGAAAAUGGAUAUUACAACCUGAGGACCCCUAAAAAUUUACUAUUCUUCGAAGGUUAUAACAUGGCUGUGAGGAUAGAGUUUUGUCGUGCGAUCAGUAGUGUCUGUCGUUUGCUGAAACUCGCUGGCCAAUCAGUUCAAAUGAAUGUCUUCAAUACUGAAGUAAAACAUUUCAUCAACUUUCAUCCUGGUGGAGGAGUAUUUGACAUUGACGCGAGCCAUAAAUGUAAUAUAUCACUUAUAUCUUCUUCAUUCCGCAAUGGCAGAAAUCGUAGGAGUAAGUAUGGUGGAGUUGUAUCUGUCCGUGCUCCAAUAUUGACGACUAUAACAAUUCAAAAUUCAACAAUCCAGCAUAUUUCUACCAAAAACAACAUGGUUUAUGGGUGGAGUCAAGGUGGAGCCAUAUUUAUUACAUUUGUGAGAAAGGUUUACUCAAAUAACAUUGUUUCACUAAACAUAUUGAACUCUUCAUUUUUGGACAAUCUGUCGCAAAAUGGAGGAGCGAUUGCUGUGAUUGGAAAGGUUUCUAUCACUGUUAUAAACAGUAUAUUUAUGAGGAAUAAAGCUCGGGAUCACGGGGGAUCGUUCUAUCUCAAACUUAACUCAAACUCAACAGUAAAUCUUCAAAAUGUUUCCUUUGUACAAAACAGUGCUGGUAAAUAUGGCGGGUCAAUAUAUUUUUCUCCUUCCUUCGAGAUGGCCAGUGUUGUUGCCACAUUUAAAGAUGUUAAUUUCACCAGAAAUGAAGCUGGCACUGCUGGGGGCGCUAUUAGCGUGGGGUUAUGGUCAAAUUUAGGAAUAACUUUUAAGAAGGUGAGGUUUGUUGAAAACACUGCACGAUAUUCAGGCAGUGCUAUUGCACUAAGUCAGUCACUAACAUCCGAAGCGAUCGGACAUUUAGUUUUGCAAAAGUGCGUGUUUACAGGAAAUUAUGGGUAUUAUAGUGCAAUUUGUGCACAAGGACGGUAUAAUAUUAGCUGCCAAAAUUCUACAUUUUCCUCAAACUACGCAGAUUAUCUCAGUGGAGGACUUUCUCUCCAACUGAAAAACUCGAUAAUGAGGAUUUCAAACUCGAUUUUUGUCAAUAAUACCAGCUGGUACAAUAGCGGUGGAGCAAUAGGUAUUUACGCUAAUAACAAUACCAAUACUAUUAUAACAGAUUCUAUUUUUAUUAAAAAUACUGCCUUUAACGGGACAGGUGGAGCUAUUUCUAUCUUGGGGCCAACUGAUGAAAUAAAAAAGAAAAGAUGCUAUGAUGCCUUCCACCCACGUUCCUGGAAUUACUUAAAUAGCGUGGAGUUUCAUAGAACACGCUUUCAAGGAAACAUUGCAAAAACCGGAAAUGCUUUGCAUAUUACUAACGGUCUGGUGACUUUGAGAGAUUGUUUAAUCAUCGACAAUUUUGGCUUCCCUUUAGGAAGUCAAAUUGUUACUUACGGCUCAGCAAAGGUAAAGAUAUACAACUCCGUUUUUAGAGAGACAAUUGACAAAAUGUCAGUCUAUGGAAACGAAUUCGUUUUUUCGUCUUUCUUCGGGAUAUACAGCAAUGGACCACUUGAAGUCUAUAAUUCCACAGUUGAUCAAGCUAUACCGUCAAAUGAACAUCUGAUUACGGUGUCCAAAAUGGGACGCUUGGAGUUUGACAAUUCAUCAGUGAUCACCUGUCCAUUAGGAUAUCGUCUGAUCAAAUCCGAUUAUUCCUACAUGAGAAAUGACCUGGAUGGAUGUACUGUCUCCGUCACCGUCAUUCGCAUAUUCUGUCAGCAAUGUAACUCUACGUUUUACUCACUUCAAAUCGGUCAAUCCAAAGGUCUGAAUAUAGACAAAGAUUUUGUGUGCACUCCAUGUCCUUAUGGAGCAGAAUGCUUUCCCUCUAUAAAAUCCAAAGAUAAUUUCUGGGGUUACAAAUCUGGCUCCCAUCCACCAACACUAAUGUUCACACGUUGUCCAGUUGAUUAUUGUAAAUCACCAAAACCUGAUACUGAUACAUAUAAUGCAUGCGUGGGAAAACGCACUGGGAUGAUGUGUGGAACAUGUUCACGUGGUUACACAGAGACAUUACUAUCAACUCACUGCACGUUAACCAAGGAUUGUAAACACGGCCGGUUUUGGCUUGCAUUUCUCGCUUUCGUUUGUCUUACUGCGUUCCUUUUAAUUUUCAAGCCACCUGUGAUAACAUUUUUGGUAAAACAAGUGCUUUGGUUCAAGAAGUUAUCGUGUCGUCGGUCUGCAAAUCACCAGUAUGAUGAGGUCAUCCAGGCUUUGUCUUCUGAAGAAGUCAGACGUGAAAACGGACAAUAUUCACAUUUUGUUGAAAUAAUCUUUUAUUUCUACCAGAUCUCACAACUGUUUCUGUCUCCUUUAUCCUCAGAAGAGUAUUCUAAAACCAAAGUCAUUCCAUCUUUACUUGGUUUCUUCAAUUUCCAAUUCAGUAUUUCCGAAAACACGUGUCCCUUUGAAGGGAUGAUGCCACACACAAAAAAGCUUUUUAAAAUCGUGCCCAUCCUCGCUACAAUGACUGUUAUUUACAUUAUAUAUGGUCUUCAUUAUCUCUGUUCUCGAGUACGUCGCACUCUCACUCCUUCCAUUGCUCCUUAUCUUGCAGCAAGUGUAAGAACUUUGUUUCUCAGUUACACAGUUUUGGCAACAGUGAGCAUUCAGCUCAUUCGAUGUGUUUCUAUCAAUGGUGAGGUUCGAUGGUUUUACAAUGGAAAUGUUGCAUGUUAUGAAUGGUGGCAAUAUGCGGCAUUCGCAUUUAAUGCUAUCUUCGUUAUCCCUUUUAUAUUUAUCCUUGCUUGGGCUGCUUUUAAACUUUAUCACGAAGCAAUAACACUCAGGCAACUUCUUAUAGGCUUUAUUCUGCCACUUCCGAGUUUACUUUUUUGGCUUUUCUCUAAGACUUUUUCGUCUGGAAUCAGUAACGUGGAGCCGGAGGAAAAAUUGAAUGUGCUAAAGAAAAUGCUUUUAACGCCAUUCCGAGAGCCAGGAGCUCUGUAUUGGAAAAGUAUCAUGAUUGCUCGCCGUUUUGUGUUGGUUGUUCUUUUUUGUGUUAUCACCGAGACAUCUUACAAGUUAUUCUGGAUGACACUCACGUGUCUUCUGGCUCUUUUCCAUCACCUCAGAGUUAAACCAUUUAAACAUAAUUGGGCAAAUAAUCUUGAGUCAAUCUCGUUGUUAUGUUUAGUUGUUUUGGGUAUCAUUAAUCUGUACGAGUCAGUGUUAGUUGAAGCAGAGGUACUUGCACCAACUGAUUCUUUCAAAGUGAUACAAUGGCUUGAAAUUAUUAUCCUUGGGCUUUUCCCCUCUUCAAUUUGCCUUCUGUUCUCCUUUGCAAUUAUUUCCUUAUUUGCUCGCCUUCUUCACGUCUGCUAUGGAUCAUUGUUUGGUUGUUUGUCCAGACGGCCAUCUCGUGAUCGAACUCGGCUACUUGAUGUUUGUGAAAACAUUUCCUACGAAUAA